AUGGAUCAGAUAAAGUAUAUAUUCGAAAAGCAUGUUGUUACUUAUAGAAUUACCCGGUGGCAAAUGUUACUGAUCGAGUAUGAUAUACAGUAUGUGACCCAGAAAGCAAUAAAAAAGAGUGUUUUGUCUGACUACCUUGCUCGUCUACCUGUCGAAGGUUAUCAACCGUUGAAGUUUGAAUUUCCAGAUGAGGACAUCAUGUUUAUCAGAGACUUCAUUAUGCCAGGCUUCGAGGUAAGCCCCAAGGAAGGCCCCGAACCAGGAUCACGAUGGACGCUCAUGUUCGACGGUGCUUCCAAUGCUCGAGGCUAUGGUAUAGGUGUUGCCAUCACUUCUCCAACUGGUUUCCACCUUCCGUUUACCGUUAGAUUGUGUUUUGACUGCACCAAUAAUAUGGCAGAAUAUGAGGCAUGUAUCUACGGUUUAGAGGCAUCAAUCGACUUGAGGAUCAAGAUUCUUGAGGUAUUUGGUGAUUCAGCUCUGGGAGGAAAAUUAGUUAGUAAACGCUCUAGCCACGUUGGCAUCUAUGUUCAAAGUCAAAUGGAGGAAUGA